GAAUUCCCCAGUCGCCCAAAAACGGCUAGGAUAUUUGCUAGUUUACAGUGCUGGUGUGCGUUCGUACUCCAGAGUAAAUACCAAUAAUUGCAGUUAUAAUACUGAAUUAUGGCGCAUAAAAUGAAGUUAAGAAUUGCCGUGGUAUGUUCGAGUAAUCAAAAUAGAAGUAUGGAAGCACAUGGAUUGUUGAGUAAAAAGGGAUUUAUUGUAAAAUCAUUUGGAACCGGUGUGAAUGUUAAACUGCCAGGAUCUGCUCCAGAUAAACCAAACAUUUAUGAAUUUGAUGGAACAACAUAUGAGCAGAUGUACCAGGAUCUUACCAAAAAAGACCGAAGCUUAUACACACAGAAUGGUAUUCUGAAUAUGCUGGACCGAAAUCGACGGAUUAAACCACACCCUGAGAGAUUUCAGUCUUGCAAAGAAACAUUUGACGUCAUAAUAACUGCCGAAGAAAGAGUGUACGACCAGGUGAUUGAAGAUCUUCAGUCACGUGAGCAGACGUCUUAUCAACCUGUACACGUAAUCAAUAUUGAUAUCCAGGACAAUCAUGACGAGGCGACACUCGGUGCUUUCCAGGUUCUUGAGCUUUGCACCGUGAUGGAACGAAGUAGAGAUCUUGAGGACGACAUAGACGAGAUACUACAGGAAUUUGAGCAGAAGUAUGAUCGUGAACUGUUGCAUUCUGUGGCGUUUUAUUGACGAUAAAUUACUAGGCACAUGGAGUUGUUAUAGUGAGGCCCUACCACUGAAAACAGUAGAAAGGAACGCUUUAAUAGACAGCUGGUAAAGCGCCGUCAACUUUUCACAAAGCUGAUUGGUCGCUCGAAUCUGGGCGUCUUCCCAGUUGCGUCAGGGAGCUACCCAGUGUAACGAUUGCAUUGAAAACAUUGUGCGACAGUGUAUUAAUUUCAGGAAACCAGGCUCUGGACGCCGUAGCCCUACAUCAUAACACAUAUUAUUAUCGAACUGAGCGUGGAUCCGCACAAUAUUUGUGCUUAGCUUCUAUAGUUUGCUACUUAUACUGGCAGGAAAAUAUGUCUAUAGGCUGAGGAGAGAACAAGGCUGGCACCAUGAUUUGCCCGACGGAUGGGCCCCGAUGUCUCUGACGGGGUCCCCAGUACCCCGACGAAAACAUAAAUGUGCGUUGCCAGGAGUUGUCCAGAACUACUGGAAGGGGAAAAUCUAACAAUUUAGGGAUUUGAAAAGCUUGCGUAAACCAAGGAGGUAUAAAAUAAUAAACUUUGAAAUUGCAUAGAACUUUUUUCUCCAUGAAAAUGUGUGGUUUUUCUCCCCGACCCCCCGCCGGUGGUCCCUUCUAGUAGUGGCCCUCCCCUAGGGACGAAGCGGUAUGCCAUUAAUUAAAAUAGUAAUUGUUAUUUUUUAUUAUUAAAGUAUAUAUGCAUUAUAUACACAUUUUAGAGAUAUACUGUCGUCAUAAUCAAUUUUAAAACACUCGGUAAUUUAUAAUAGACAUUAAUUUUUUUACUACCAAUAUAACCACAUCAACGAAACAGAAAAGUUUUGGCUAAAGAUAUAGAUAUUUACAACAGAAACCCGUGGUUUGAUUAACAAACAAAAUGUAAGGUAUACAAUAAAUACAGAAACGGUAUUGUAUUUAUACAUGUCUGUUGAUUGGUGAAUAUUUUACUUAUUUUCAAUAGUAAUUAUAAAAAAGUAAAGAAAAUCAAAUAUGUUAAAUCGUGGUUUUAGCUAGGCCUGAUCAUAAUCUUUAACAUAAUCUCGACCACUGCGGUUAUAUAGCAGUAAUUCAUUAAUGAGCGCAUAAACAAUGACCUAAUGAUAUAUUCCGUCUCUGUAAAAUAAUAUUCAUUUAUUGAUUAAGCUAUUUUAAAUUUUAAAGAAAUAAAUUAUUUUUCACGAAUAUUCUCUGAACUAACGUUUAAUGUACGGAAUGUUAUAUAAUUAUAGUUAAAUUAUUGCCAGUAGUAGUAAAAUCAUAUUUCUCUCUUGGAAUUUAAAAGAUACUCUUUCCGUUAUUGGCAGUGAUGGAUAUACAUAUCACCCAGCACCUUUGAUUGUACGGAAAUCUUUUAUUCAAUAAAUCCGCCAUUUAUUGGGCGAAUAGA